AUGAAUAGGAUUAAAAGUGCUACGAUUGGCGAUGUCGACAGGAUUCCAGACAUUAGCCGUGGCUUAGCCAUGGCUCCACACACCAUGACUGUGCAUAGGUGUCCAACAAAUGACAGUGACAGUAUUGCCCUUUUUGCUGCCCUUUCCCUGGCUGUUCUGUCUGGUGAGCCCUCCGUGCCACCUCUCUCCACCCCUCCUACCCAUACAAGUGAGGCUGACUCCCCCCCAUCCAGCAGGAUUGAGAGGGGAGAGUCCCGUGUCUGAAUUAGCUACUGUCCAACAUUGCAUGACCAGCCUGCCUUCUCCGGCUCAGGCAUCGUGGCCCACUUUGUGGUGCAGUACAAUGUGGAGGACAUCAUGGGCAAGGUUCAGAUUUACGAUGGCCAUUUCAUUCAUUACUUUGCCCCCAGAGGCCUCCUUCCUGUGGAGAAGAACGUGUUGUUUGUUACUGACGUGAGCGGCUCCAUGUUUGGUACCAAGAUGAAACAGACUAAAAAGGCCAUGAAUGUGAUUCUCAGUGACCUGCGGAUCAACGACUACUUCAACAUCAUCUCCUUUUCUGACAUGGUUAGUGUCUGGAAAGCUGGAGGCUCAAUCCAGGCCACUAUCCAGAAUGUCCACAGUGCCAAGGAAUGAACUGCAUCACAGUGCAAAACAGUGCUGGGUUGCAUGGAAGCUGAUGGUUGGACCGACAUUAAUGCAGCUUUGCUGGCAGCUGCUUCAGUGCUGAACCAUAGCAACCAGGAGCCUGGGAGGGUCCCCAAUGAGGGGAGGAUCCCUCUUAUCAUCUUUCUGACAGAUGGGGAGCCCACAGCCAGCAUGAUCACCCCCAGUAUGAUCCUCUCCCACAUCCGUCAGGUGCUGAGCCACAGGGUAUCCCUUUUCAGUUUGGCCUUUGGAGAUGAUGCUGACUUCCUACUAUUGCAUCGUCUGUCCCUGGAGAACCGGGAAGCAGCCCAGUGCAUAGAGGACACCAAUGCAGCCCUACAGCUGGGAGGCCUCUAUGAGGAGAUCUCCAUGCCUCUGCUGGCAGACAUGCAUCUGGACUACCUAGGCAGCUUGGUUGGGGCCUCCCCUUGGGCCCUUUUCCCCAACUACUUUGAUGUCUCAGAACUGGUUGUGGCAGGCCAGGUGAAGCCAGGCAAGCAGGAGCUGGGAAUCCACCUGGCAGCCCAUGGCCCCAAGGGUCAGCUUCUCGUGGCUCAUCACAGUGAAGGGGACACCAACAGCAGCCAGAAGGCCUUUGGUUGCCUCCACCACCUCUGGGCCUAUGUCACCAUUGGAGAGUGGCUGGAAGCACACUUCCAAGCCUGUGACACCACCACUCGCCACCUGCUGGCUGCCAAAGUACUCAACCUGUCCCUUGAAUACAACUCUGUCACACCUUUGACUUCACUGGUCUGCAUGGUGCAGCCCAAGGAGGCCAGUGAGGAGGCCAAGAGACAGACCUCCACCACAGCUGGACCACGCACCAUCAUGCCCUCAUCCAGCAGCAGGCAUGGCCUAGGGACAGGUGCAGCCCAGCCAGCCCUGGUGCCCAAGGUCUCUCCCAAAUCAAGGCCUGCAAAACCAAAGUUCUACUUAUCCUCAAUUACUACUGCAUCUACAAAGAAGAUGCCCAAUUCCAAGGAGACAGGUCGGGGCUCUAGCACCCUAUCAACCCCAAAGCCCCAAACUCCAGCACAACAGGAUUCUGGCACUUUGGCCCAGCCAACUCUCAAGACAAAAUCUGCUGCCCUUGUGCCCUCAAAUUCUGGUGCUCUAUUGCCUCCAAAUCCCAGCACUCUAUCACACCAGAAUCCUGGUGUCAUAUUACCCAUGAAUGCCAAGAUGUAAAUACUGCCACUGAAUCCUAGCACCAAACCAGCCCAGCCAAAAGCUGGCGCUAUGAAACAUGUUACUCUACUGCAUUCCAAACCCGGUGCUCCAUCACAACCUAAACUGAAGGCCUCAUCACACCCUCAACCCAGAGUACACACAUCACAGUCACCCAAAAGCCUGCCACAGCCCAGACCUGGAGUCUCCACAGGACAGAUCCCCAAACACCCAACACACACCAGUCCUAGGGUUCCUGAUCCCAAGAUCCCAAACAACAUGCCACACCUCAGACCCGGGGCUCUCUUACCCAAGACCCCUAAAAUCCCAUCAUCUCUUAAACCUAGUAUCCGACCUCACCAAACUUCCACACGCUUAACACGUUCCAAGCCUGGGACCUCAAUUUCCCAUACACCCAAAACCCCACUACCCCCUAGACCUGCAAGACCCAGGCCUCCACCUCCUCAGAGCCUAAACACAUUCCCAAACACAGUCUCAAGUCCCACAGGUCCCAGCAGUACCAUGAUCACCUCUGACCUUGGGGAACCCCUCCAAACUCCCUUUACUCUCACCCUGCCCUCUCUGCUACCCACUGAAAGGUUCUGGUAUCUGCAAGACCUGCUGCUGGGACCCCAGAGCACCAGGCAAGUUCUGGGACCAUCUGUGCCAGGAGUCCCAACGAUGGGCCUACCCAACAGCUCCAGGCCUAUGGCAGAAGGCAGCCCUCCAAACCUGCCAAUCUUGCUGCCUUCUAGCACCCUCCUUGAGGCCAUCAGUCUGCUCCUUCUCCCUGAGGAGUUUGAGCUGCUGUCUGAGUUAAUGGUGGAGUCCAAGUUCAUGGAGUCCUUGAACCCACCAGCUUUCUAUACCUUCCUUACUCCUGACAAAGAUGGAAGUCUACAUUGGGAUGGCGAUUCUGAGGAGAUCCUGGGAAGAGCUGGAGGCAGCAUGGAAUCUCAGGGAAGUUCUGUGAGGCUAGCAAAAGGCAUGUUGCCAAACAUCUUUACAUUCUCAUCCUCAGUGGAUAGUGACCCCCACUUUGUGAUCUGCACCCCGAGCUCAGUCGAGAGGAUCUUGACCUGCUGCAGCAUUUGGCUGCAUGUGAGUGGGCAGCUGUUUGGGGCACCACCAAGACCAGGCCACAAAGACCAGAUGCACACCUACUUUCAGAUCAUCACAAUCACUGCAGACAGACCCUGGGCCUACACCAUCAUCAGCUGUAGUUCCAUAUUUGUGUGAGGUGAGUGUACAUUGUGCCUGUCCUGGGACCAGCCUGCCCUGCUGAAGAGACCCCAGCUGGAGCUCCAUGUGGUUGACUCACCCCGCCUCACCCUCUGCUUUGGGCCCCACCUUGAAUUACUAGUCCUCUGGCAGUGCUACAGGCACCCCAGAAUCCUGCAACUAUCUCACCUGGGGUUCUACAUGGCCAGUGGCUUGGGCCUCAGCCCCUCAGCCCAUGGCCUGAUGGGGCAGUUCCAGAACACAGACAUCCAGCUGGUGACAGAGCCGACGGGGUCAUGCCUGCAGAGACACCAUGGCCCAGAUGUGCCUGUGGUUCUAAGCAAGAGGCUGCUAAAGGACUCAGCAAGGCUGCCGCCCCACUGGGCUUCCUGUUGGCUGAUGAAGCACCCUCAUAUAGAGCUGCUGCUGGGCCAGACUUACCUUGCCUAUGUCCUGUGA